GUCGCUCCUGAGUUUUUCCUGUAUGAUUGUCAACAUUCCAACAUUUUACAUCGAACAAAUUGUGUCGCAUUUUAUUGUAACAAAAAAAAGGUUUCCGUUCAAUAUCUCUGAAAUGAACCAAAUAUUUAAGUUUUGUUGUACGAACAUGUAGUGAUAGUGUCGAUUGAUGUCAAAAGUUACAAUUUUCAUACCCUAUCGAUUACCCAACCUAACGUAAAACAAUGUUUAUGUGAUUUUCGUGUCGGAAAAGAGCAGUAAGAAAAAAACAAAAUGCAAGGAAAGAUGUAUUGCCUGGUAUCGGUAGUAAUAAUGUUAUGUGCAGUGGCCUGCGACUCAGCAAUUGUAAAGAGAAGUUAUUCGGAUCAAAGCGUUCGGGGAUACUUAACUGAGAGAACUUGUUGGUGGAACGAGGUUUGCAAAGAGGAAUUUCAACAACUAUUUCGUUGUAAAUGUCCGCAAUGGUCGUAUUGCAGAGCACCUGGACGAUACUACAAUGCAUAUUGUUCGAUGACCAAUACUGGGUAUAUUUGGACCCAAUAGUAGAUAAUUAUCGAUAAGUUAAUAUCGGUCAGUCACGAAUUACUAUAAAAUAUUAAAAUUCCAAUCACGCAAUGUUAUAUAUCGUAAUAUUAUAACUUAAAAAAGUAAAAUAAAACUUAAAUCAGAACGUUGACGACAGCA